AUGGUAUAUUUUAUGAUUAAAACAUAGGAUGGAGAAGAUGAAAUGUAGAAAUAAGCAAGAUUAAUGGCUGAGAAAUAUAAGGAUGGACCUAAAAAGAAAGGCGCAUUGGUGAAAAAAACUUAAGAAAGAACAUAAUUUGAUUCAGCUACACACGAAAUGCAAAAAUAAGCAUAACAACAUCCUCCUAAAUGAUGAUUCGAUUAUUAUUACAAUAUUAUUUAAUAAUUAAAUCUCCUUUC